GUGCGCUGUGCGUCCCUCGGACACAGCGGAUCACUGAUCCACGGAAAGAGCCGAAGAUGUCGGCUCAGUCAUGUGAUCAGCUGUGUCCAAUCACAGCUGAUCACAUGGGACAUCUACAUUGAUCAUCAGAGCACUGAUGAUCAGUGUGCCCUGAUUAUCAGUGUAGCGCCAGCAGUGCCACCUGUCAGUGUCCAUCAGUGCCAGCUGUCAGUGCUCAUCAGUGCCAGUGCACAUCAGUGUCACAUCAAUGUAGUAAUAAUAAUAAUCAGUGUCAUAAUCAAUGCCACAUAUCAGUGCCUACCAGUGCACAUCAAUGCCACAUAUCAGUGCCCAUCUGAGCUGCCUUUCAGUGUCACCCAUCAGUGCCAGUCAGUGCCAUGUAUCGGUGCCAAUCAGUGCCACCUAUCAGUGCUGCCAAUCAGUGCCACCUAUCAGUGCCAGUCAGUGCCGCCUAUCAGUGCCAGUCAGUGCCAUAUAUCAGUGCCAUAUAUCAGUGCUGUCUUUCAGUGCCCAUCAGUGAUGCCCGUCAAUGCCCAUCAGUGCCACCUACCAGUGCCUCACUCAUCAGUGCCCAUCAGUGCCACCUAUCAGUGUCCAUCAGUGCAGCCUAUCAGUGCCCAUCACUGCAGCCUCAUUAGCACACAUCAGUGAAGGAGAAAAAUCACUUAUUUACAAAAUGUUAUAACAAAAACUAAGAAAAACUUUUUUUUUCAAAAUUUUCAGUGGUUUUUGGUUUGUUUAAGAAAAAAUAA